CACGUAUUCUGUAUGAGCAAAAACGAUCCUUGUUGCCCCCUCCGUUCUGCCUUUUGCUACAAUGCGAGUCUGUGUGCCUUGCCAGAUUGCUAGUGAGCGAGACGGUGGUGGAGCUCUCUUCAUCGCUUACACUUAAAUCUGCCUUGUCGAUGAAGUUAGGCUUAGGCCAUCUCUUACCAGUCCACAACCAUCACCUCUUACUGAGCGUUGCUCAAGCCUUUAUACAUUGAGCACGUCUGUAAGCAGCUAUCGACUCGAACAGCUGUCAAUGCUGUGAAAUGAUGAAUGACGGCACUGACCCUGGAAGUCGACGGUCUUAGCAUUGCGGCAGAUUUCAUCCAAGCCGAGCAUGAUCGACACUCCGCUGCGGCGGCCUUCCCACCUGACUUGAAAAAGUACUACCACGUCCACCACGUCCUACGUAGCACACAGCAUGCCGCGCCCCGGUAAGAUGCGCCAAGCUCCGCCAAUGCCCCCGACUGGGGCUUGCUGCCGUCGACAUACCUCACGUACGCUCAGCUUCGCACUCUUGGCCGUCCUCAUUGUUCUUGGCUGUCACUCUGGGCCGCUCAUUUUGGCUUUAUGGGUCAAACGUCUCGUGCCAACCUCCCUUGCCACGGCUCCAUUGCGCUCCAUGGAAUAAUCAUAGACGCUGCGGUACAGCGCUGAUCCUGGAGCACCCCAUCACUCCCUCACCAGAUGACAUUGGCAGUAUGGGGAACCCAAGCCACGAUGUUACCUUGGGCAGUCUGGGCGGAUGUGCAGACAAGACAAGGCAAGCCAUGAUGCUAGGAGAGCGUGGAGAGCCUUGAUAAGGUGAAGUUGGCCAUAUAGGUAGCUCCCCUCGCGACAUCCUCUGGACCUGUUUCUCUCUGUUUGUUAUCUUCACACUGCCCUACAUCACCCAUCAUGUCUGACAACAAGGACAUCCAUUAUGAAAAUACCACGACCACGGAAGGUGGUCGUCGACGCUCGUCUGUGGCGGACUUGAACAGAGACAGGAAUCUUGAUGCAAAAAUUUCAAAUCCUUUGGCAGACAUUCCCCGCGAACAACUAUUGCUCGAUGUCGAGGAAUUUGCGAAUCGAACUGGAAUGACUGACCAAAUCGAAUUGCUCAAGAAAGGCGCGCUGGUUGCUCAAAAUCCAGCUGACUACGAAAACGUGGCGGACCUCGACGAGGAGGAAAAGGAUGCCUUGCGGAUCGAAGUCACAAAGAAGUGGCGCCACCCUAAGCAGCUCUACAUCACAGUCGCCGUCUGCUCCAUUGGCGCAGCUGUACAGGGAUGGGAUCAAACUGGUACCAAUGGUGCCAACCUCUCAUUUCCCCAGGUGUUUGGCCUAGACACUCCCGAGGGCCAACCUGGCUACGAGAGAGACUUCUGGAUCAUCGGUCUCGUCAAUGCAGCUCCCUACCUUGGUAGUGCUUUCCUUGGUUGCUGGCUUUCCGAUCCCUUCAACUGGUAUCUCGGACGACGGGGCACCAUUUUUGCCUCUGCUAUGCUCUUGAUCGCCACGCCACUUGGUGGUGCAUUCUGCCAGACCUGGGAACAGCUGUUGGCUACGCGGAUCGUUAUGGGUAUCGGCAUGGGUCUCAAGGGAGCUACCACACCCAUCUUCGCAGCGGAAAACUCCCCAGCUGCCAUUCGCGGCGCUCUAGUCAUGACAUGGCAGUUCUGGACAGCCUUUGGUAUCUUUAUGGGCACUGCAUUCAAUCUGGCCGUGUACAAUGCCGGUAGUAUCGGCUGGCGCCUCCAGAUUGGCUCCGCCUUUAUACCUGCUGUCCCCUUGGCGGUGUUGGUCUACAUGUGUCCCGAGAGUCCUCGUUGGUGUAUCAAGCACAACAAGUACGGGCAAGCAUACAGGUCAUUACUGAGGCUCCGCAACCAUCCGCUUCUGGCUGCCAGAGACCUAUACUACAUUUCCACUCAGAUCGAAAUCGAGCGGGAAAUUGUGGGCGAUUCAGGCUACGUCACUCGCUUCAUCCAACUCUUCACGAUCCCUCGGUUGCGGCGUGCGACCUUGGCUUCAUUCGUGGUCAUGAUUGCUCAACAGAUGUGCGGCAUUAACAUCAUGGCUUUCUACUCCAGUACGAUUUUUGCGACGUCAGGAGCCUCCGACAUCGAAGCUCUCCUCGGUUCGUUUGGAUUCGGUGGCAUCAAUUUCCUCUUCGCCAUACCAGCUUUUUUCACCAUUGACACCUUUGGAAGACGAUCCUUACUUCUUUUCACGUUCCCACAGAUGGCGUGGACUUUGCUGGCUGCGGGUCUGGCAUUCUACAUUCCCGAAACCAAUCAAAGUGCGCGGUUGGGAGUCAUCGCACUGUUUAUCUAUCUCUACGCUGCAUUUUAUUCACCUGGUGAAGGCCCUGUUCCUUUCACCUAUUCUGCGGAGGUCUUUCCCCUCUCUCACCGCGAAGUAGGAAUGGGGUGGGCUGUUGCCACUUGUCUGUUCUGGGCUGCAGUUCUGAGCCUCACCUUCCCCAAGAUCCUCGAGGCUUUCACUCCGACUGGCGCCUUCGGAUUCUUUGCCGGAAUGAACAUCGUUGCGCUUGUCAUGAUCUUCCUCUGGGUGCCAGAGACGAAGCAACGGUCACUUGAAGAGCUCGACUACAUCUUCGCUGUGCCUACUCGCAGAUUCAUCUCAUAUAACAUGGGGACCUGGCUGCCUUGGUUCAUCAAGCGCUAUAUCUUCUGGAACAAAAAUGCUGAGCUCAAGCCUCUGUACCACUUCGAUACUGGCGUCGUUGCAGACGUCAAAGACCAAGAGAAGAGACAGCGAGAAGGGCAUAGGAGUGGCUCUCACCCCGAACAUGUUGAGGGAACCAACCAGGCAUGAUCUACUCAUUUCCUGGAUUGCUAAGACCCUCUGGACGUCUCAGGCGGGUUAAAGAAAGGAGCACCUCAGAAGCAAAUCAAUGGUCUGAAACGAAUUGAGAACGUAAAGAGAGGUAGGGACCGUCUUCGAAAGGUACGAGAAUGGUCAGCUAUCUAUGGGUGCCUGUGUACUCAAGAUGAUGAUGAUGAUGAGCUUUGGUUGAACUAACGAUUGGGUUUUGAUGGACAAUCGUGUGUUACUCCGAAGGAGGUAGAUGCUUGUCAGUGGGAUAGGUAUUUCAGUUGUCAUUCACGUUUGUGACCUCUGCGAGCCUUUAGUUGCUUGAUUCGGAGCGUUUGCAGCGCAGGCAUC